AUGACAAAUGAGUAACCUUCUCCAGUCCCAGCUGGGAGUCUGAAAAGAUGCAACGAAAGCAGAGUUCUAAGAAUUCAAAGCAGCCUCUGCAAGUUCACCACAGUAAUCAAACUGACCUCUCUGCGUGGCGGAAAGGAGGGAAACCUGACCCUGAGAAAAGCCUUCAGAAUCCUACAUCUCAUAACAGUCAGGCAAACGAAAGCGAGCAAGACUCCUUUGAGCAAGCUGUGAGCUACUUUGAGAAAGUUCAAAGUCCGGUUUCGCUGAGAAAGAAUGAAGUUCUGCAGAAACACUUGGCCACGGUGGAAAGCACUGCCCUGGAAAAAGGAUUACCCCCUGAAGCAUUUGAUGUGUUGCUGAAUGUGGCACUCAGCGGCAAAUUUGCUGAUGCAGUGAAUACUCGGUUACUGAAGAGCCUAAUUCCAGCUUCAGUAAUACCAGAAAGUUCUUUGGUUUCAUCUGUAUCUUGGCUCUGUGUCAGCAAAUGCUCAGGCAGCAUCCAGCUGCUUUUUAUAAGAUGGGUGAUCUCAAUGUUCGACUUCAUUGAUCACAAGGACCAACUUCAUGCCCUCUAUGGUUUCUUCUUUUCCUUCCUGCAAGAUGAGAAGAUGUGUCCCUAUGUCUGUCACCUGCUUUACCUGCUGACCAGGAGAGAAAGUGUCAAGCCUUUUCGCAUUAGGAAACUCCUGGACCUCCAAGCAAAAAUGGGAAUGCAGCCUCAUCUGCAGGCUCUGCUAUCGCUUUACAAGCACUUUUGUCCAGAGCUGGUCUCCAUAACCCUUUCUGGGAGGAUGAAGACCUACUUCAAGAAUUCAGAGGGACCGUGGAAGGCAGCAAUCAGCGCAAUAAGGCGAAGGAACCAGAAAAAAUCGCCAGUUUUCCAGCCACUGCUUUUAGGCACAACUCAACAUCAGUCCCGGAAGAGAAAAUGGAAUACCCAGCUGAUUUUACCUGCAAGCAGUGCCAGCACAAGUAAUUUAGCAGAUGUCAAGGAUAAGAACAGUGAUUUAUACAAUAUCAGCAAAUCUUUCCCGGUGGAACAGCUGCAGACCUUUUCUCAGCUCCUACAAAAUAUCCACCAUCUAGAGCUUCCUUCCCAGAUGGGUUCUGUGCUAACACAUCCCUUGUUGCUUCACUACAUGAAUUGCAUCAAAGAUGAAUCUAUUUACCUGAGGCUCCACUAUUGGAUGGGCCAGACUCUUCAGGAAGAAUGCACUUGGUGUGUGGUUGAUAGUAGUCAAUAUGAGGAAGAAUUCAAGGACUUCCUGGAAAUAGUCCACAAGGCGGAGUGUUUUUUGCAGGAGGGAUUUUCUUCCUGUGAAGAGUUCCUGUAUAGAAGCCUUCCUUUCUGGGAUGGCUUCUGCUGCCGAUCACAAGUCCUCAGACUCAUGACUUGGAUCCCACUCAGCAGCUUCUCUGAAAUGAAGUCGUAUCUCUAUGGUCCCCUGGCACAGCUCUUUUUCACAUCUUCCCUUUAUUUUAAGUGCAGUGUUCUUGAGAGCCUGAAAGAGCUGUUGCAGAACUGGUUAAAUUGGCAUAUGAUUGAGCUGGGUUCAGAGUCUGAUUCUCAAAAUCAUUCUUUGAAUACCACUCUGUCUGGGCUGGUGAACGUGGUGGCUGAGCUGAUCCACUUUGUUGGACGGAUCUCUGCCAUCGCACUGCAGUUGGAAAACAACGUUACUUUCUUGCUGUAUUUCAUUCUGGAUUUCUAUGAGACGGUGUGUGACAUUUAUCUUCGGUACAACCUGCCUUUGCUGAUAAUGCCUCCUGCUGGAGUCUUCUACCCAGCACUGCUCAGCAUGGACUCUGUCAGCUUGAAUCAGCUCUGCUACAUCAUGUACAGGUACCGAACCAACUUGGUAGCUGCAAAAGAAAAUGAGAUGAUUAAAAAGAAAGUACUGCAAUUCCAGUUCAGCAGCCAGACCUACCAAGAAUACAACCAGUAUCUAAUAGCCAUGGUGGGGUGUCUGUGGACAUCCAAUGCCUUCCAGAAGGACAUUCAUCCUGAAGGUCUUCGUCUGGAUGAAGAAGUGCUAAAGAAAACCAGAGUGAAGGACUUCAAAAACAGCUUUAACAUUGUCUACCAUCCAGCCCUGAUGGGUUAUGCUCUCCUCUUCCUGCAGCAGGCCUGGCCAGAUGAUAACACCUUCAACUUUAGUUUAAUUAAGGGAAGGAAGUGGAACUGGUAUCUGGAAUAUCUCUAUGCACAAGGCUUAAAAGGCCUGAAACUCUUUAUUGAAAGCAGCAUAAGCCGCGUUUCUUUGGUCUCUCAAAGUAAAGAAGGCAAUAUGGUAUCUCUGCGGCCGGAGCGAGGCUGUUCCUGCUGGCGAUGUGAUCGCGUAGCAACACAGGAGGAGGAGGAGGAGGAGGAGGCGGCGGGAGCCCCAGCAUGCGGCCCCGGCACCGCCACCUCCCUGCUGAAUCACAGGGACAGCCCCGACGUCGCCCGCAGCCCGGAGCCUCCGGCCCGGCGCGCUCCCAAGGUAGGCCCUGCCGGGAGCCGCUUCCCGGGGAUAGGGGCCGGGGCGGUUGGACGUCGGGAAGGCGCUCGGUGCCUGCGCCCGUGUCCCUUCGUGGCCGUGUAUCCGGAGGCCGCUCACGCGCCGUGGCCGGGGCGCAAAGCAUUUGCGCUCGCGCUUCCAAACCUGGCUGCGGGCGAGCUCGUGGUUGGCAACCACGUUCUGGUCAUCACUGGAAAAACACCUAAUCCCAGCUUGGCGGCACCCCUGGGGUUAAGGCAGGUCGGAGGCCGCUGGAAUUCCUCCGGACAAAGCUGGGAUUCAGCGGGCGGCACAGCCGCCCCCCUCCAGAUUCCUGGGGAGUCAGUGCAGCCGCGGCCCCGCUCUGCCCCGCACACGGCGCUCUCCCUGCUCCCGGCGGCGAUGCCGGCUCCGGCGGCGGAGCGGGGCGGCCCUGCGGCGCGACCGGCGGUCGGCGCAGGUAGGGGCACCUCGGGGGCCCGCCUGGGGGCCGCGGGUUGA